AUGAAGCUUUUCGCUGUUGCUUUUGCCGCGCUUGCCGCCCUCGUCUCGGCGCAGCCCAGCUUUGACCCGGUCACCAACGCCUACCUCGUCGGGCUCUUCGAGUCGGCGGACGCCAAGGUCGACAUGAAGGUCAACCCGUCCACCGAAGCGUACCUUGUGGGUCUCUUCGAAGCCUCGCAGGUGCUCACGUCCAAGUACAUUUGCGGCGUGAUUGGCGAGGGCGUCUCGAAGGUCCAGCUCGUCUUCCCGGAAGGCACGAAGAAGAUCGAGGUGGGGGCCACGGGCAAGGUCGAGUACUUUGUCGAGAGCGCUGUCGGAACCAAGGCCACGGCGUGCGACAUUAGCGUCGCCGACCACGCGCCGGUGCGCCGCCAGCUUGAGGACGUGGACUAUCUUUGGCCCAUUUGGCCCAAGACGGUCAACGUCACGGGCAUCUCGAUCGAGGGCUCGCCGGCCGCGCCCAAGACUGUCUCGGCCGACUUGUCGGCCCAUGGUGCGACGCUUGGUGUCACCAUCACGCCCCCGUCGACGGCCGGCGCCCACGACGCCACGUUCAAGGUCGAGAUGUUUGUUCUUGACUAA